AUGCAGAAUAGCAAUCUUGGGACUGGUAGUGGCAAUAACACGUCCAAUAACCCACCUUCUAGAAUUGUUUAUUUGGGUUCAAUACCAUAUGAUCAAACAGAACAACAGAUUUUAGACCUUUGCAACAACGUAGGACCUGUGACAAACUUAAAGAUGAUGUUUGACCCGACUACUGGCAAAUCUAAAGGUUAUGCCUUCAUUGAAUUCAAAGAUUUAGAAUCAAGUGCCUCAGCAAUUAGAAAUUUGAAUGGCUAUCAAUUAGGUUCAAGAUUUCUUAAAUGUGGAUAUUCUACUAAUAACGAUAUAUCAAAUAUGAAUACCACUAGUACAGUAAGUGGUGGCAAUAUGCAAAAGAAUGAUACUGUGACUAACUUGAGAUUCUCUAAUUUACCACCUGGUAUCGAUGUUAAUAUUAAUAUGACAACACCCGCAAUGAUGAUAUCGAGUGAACUUUCCAAAAUAAGUAAACCUCAACAACUAGACUUUCUACAAAACUUUCAGGCUUGGUCAAAGGAAAAUAAUGAUUUGGCUAAGGAUCUACUGUCUGAAUAUCCACAACUCUCCUAUGUAAUAGCUGAAUUACUAUUAACUAAUGGUAUAUGUAAAGUUGAUGAUUUAACUAAACUUGCCACGGCAGCUUCAAACGUUGAGUCUCAAAAUGAACCUCAAAUGAACAGGAACCCAGAUUUACAAUUGAAACAAAAAGAAUUACUAAGGCAAGUGCUCAAUUUGAAUGAUAGUGAGAUUUCUGUCUUACCAAAUAACGAAAAAAUGACUCUAUACGAUUUAAAACAAAGAGCCAUGAAAGGUGAUUUUGGCUUAUUAUAA